CAGUCACGAACGACGGACGGUCCACGAACGAGUAGUACGCAGAAAAUUUGGACCCAUUCGGUUUUAUUCAUAUCUUUUGGAUGCGUGCCGAGCGUCGCGUGGUUUAAUUUCGGGUUCGGCAAUUAACAUAUCCAUCGCUUUUUAUGCAAAUCGGUGAUAUUGAAAGAGUCUAGCCACAUGAAACUUAGCAAAUGUGAAGAAAAAAACAAUCAAUAGCCAUUUUUUCGAUAAGAAAAACAAUAAUUGUGAACAAAAUAUGUGCGAUAAAGUUGUUUAAUAGAAAAAAGGAAACAUAGUAAUCCGGAGAAAUUCUGAACAACGAUAAAAAUAACAUGCCAAAAUGGAGCUGAUUAAGAAAUACAAAGAGGGGAAGCUAACCACCAGCGAUAUUCGCAAUCUAAAUAACACCGUAAUAUGUCUGAUGGUCCUCGUGGCAGUGUUUUCCAUUCUAUGGAGUAUCUCGCUGCACAUGAUAUCGGGGGAUCUGAACGAGGGAAUGGGAAUCGUUAGUGACAAACUCAUUUUCCGGGAACGCAAUAUGGAUCAAUUGUGCGAUCAUUGCAAACAGAUCCUUCAUAAGGACUUUAUCGAAGCCACGCAGAAUGCCUAUGGCCGAAAGUACUCCGUGCAGGAUGUCCAGUCCGAUUCGCUGCAAAGCGAGAGCCAAACCACAAAGCCAGGGUAUAAGAUACCGCAUAUCUUUGAUUCCAUUGAGAACCGACCUAAGUUGGAGCGUCUCAUGGCAGAAAAAAAGGAGGAGUUGGUCACGAGCACUACGACUCCGCCGCCAAAGAUCACCUUCAAUGCUGAGGCAGAUCGUCACUUCCUGAGCACAAUGACCAUUGAUAUUUAUUCCACUAUUUGGAAACAAGGCAUUGGAGCUCAGUUUGUCUAUGCAUUUCCCCUCAUAUCAGAGAUAGUGGCCAUCAUCUGGACAGCCAUGUGUCUAAUCUUCCAGACAGGCAGCAAAAAGAGCUCAGUUCUGCCGAAACCCUGGCGCAUUGUAGUGCCUUCGAUAAUCAUUUUCUCGGUGAUGAGUUUGGGUAGCUUGGUCUAUACGAUCCUGACCAAUGGUUAUCUUAAGCGAUUGUGUGGCCAAUUGAGGGGGAACCUCACAGAUCCCACUGCCAUCAGUUGUGGCAAUGCCAUCGCCCUUCUGCGUCCCAUCGUCCAUGACCACAAUGUGUCCCACGAUACGUAUCUGGAGCUAUUCCGCUCUAGCUACAUCAUUGGAAUGGUGCUGUGGAUCAUCGCUCUGCUGGUCAUGGUACUGCGAUUUAUCUUCGCCGUGGAUUUCCAGCUGGUGGACGUCGAUGAGAUGUUCGAUAACGAUCGGUAUGGGUCUCCACAAGUCCAAAUACAACCAGUUUACACGGAGGUGGUGCAGCAGAGCAGUCCGCAGCACCAGACGCAGAUGCGUCCCAGAUCGGAGGACGACUAUCAGAGUGCCAGGUCGCGUUUGAGCGAUCUUGCAGUGCCACUUUUGGAGGUGCAGGGCCAGUCCCAGGUUCCGCCCACUAACUUGGCCUAAUCCCACGGCUGGCCCAAGGAUCAGCAAUCUCAGGUUUAUUUUUAUACGAUGUGUUAGUGUUUAGUAGAUGGUGCCUAAGUAAUAUUAUAUCAACUAACUGGAUUAUAGUAUAAGUUUUGGAGACUCUCCAGUCGAAAGUCCUUAAUCAAUCGAUAUUUAAUUGAUAUUGUUCACUGUCUUAGCUUAGGGAACUCGUGCCUCGAUAUCUUAUCCGUAAAUGUGACUUUAUGGGAGAUGUAAUAGAAUCGAAAUAUAAAUGUGGUCAAUAUAUUGCAUACUCUUAGGCUGAAAUAUUGUUAAAACAAAACAGUUUGAAUUUUUAAAAUCGUAUACCUAGUUAAGCCACAUUUUCCAAUCGAUCCCCUAGAUUUUAACCCAUGAUGACUUUAAUCCAAAUGUUUUAUUUUAAAAAUGCAAUAGUCUAACCAUUGACAAGUGCGAAAACAAGUGCGAAUAAAAUACAAAUAUUGUGUAUACGAA